UACGUAAAAGCCGGUGAAUAAUUUGCACGCUGCUGGUAAAUAGCAGGCAAUCCGUGAAACGAUAUCGCACCUCAGGGCGCUUUAACAGAGUUGGGACACCCAGCCCUUCCCUUAAACUCUGUGCAGCGGAGACGGCACUCAUCCUGCGCGCCGCGAUCAAAUGAGCAAAAGACGCGACUCGUAAACCUACUGCGAGCGACAGCUGAGCGUUCGGUAGCGGAGAUCUCCGUCGCGCUACGAUGCGGUAACCGGUGCAGGCGGCGCUUGCUCUUCGUGCGAUCUGAACCCAGACCAGGACGAUUGUAUAGGAAUGAAUUGAUGGAGCUGGGUUCGAGAGAACCGGCGGAACAGACACGGGGAUUAUUAUUCUAGCCAGAGGGGCAGAGGUUUAAUACUUCCUGGAUUAACUCUGCAGUAAUCGGCGCAGGCUACAGUGGAGCAACGCCGGUGCACCCGCUUAAACGCCGUUUUUACCCUACGCUGUGGUGGGACUCUGACAGGUGAACGAGGCUACAUAUCAGAAUUUAGUAGUUUUUUUAAUUUACUCAAUCCACACAUCUUCAGUGGUUAUUGCCGAAGAAGUAGGCUACCUGUAUUUUGGGAGGUAGGAUGCAGUUCUUCUGCCUAACACUGCUCUGACUCUCAAUCUGCCCCGUAUUCACCGAGAGCCGUUUCAUAUGGGCGAAGCGAGGAGUCGGUUCCCUUCGUGUUGGACAUGGGCUCGCUGUCAGGAUAACGGGGUCUCCGAUCCAGAGCGGGAGAAACGAUGGGCCGAGCUGUUCGAUCAGAUGGAUCUAAAUAAAGACGGGAGGAUCGACGCGAACGAGCUGCGCGCCGGACUGACGCCCUGGGGAAUCGUUCGCAGCGAGGUGGACGAGAUUGUACGUGUGAGUGACACCAAUCAUGACGGCCAGCUGGACUUUGAGGAGUUCACACAGUAUCUGCGCACUCACGAGAAAGAGCUCAAACUCAUGUUCCGCAGCCUGGAUCGCAACAAUGAUGGUCGCAUAGAUGUUGGAGAAAUUCAGCUCUCUUUGCGCAGUCUUGGAGUGAAUGUAUCCACAGAGCAGGCCUCCAGGAUCCUGCAGAGCAUAGACAGAGAUGGCACUAUGACCAUUGACUGGAACGAGUGGCGGGACCACUUCCUGUUUAACCCUUUGCACAACAUGGAGGACAUCGCCCACUACUGGAAACACUCUCUGAUGUUGGACAUUGGCGAGCAGCUGACUGUGCCGGAUGAGUUCUCAGAGAAAGAGCGGCGUUCAGGUGUUGUGUGGAGACAGCUCGUGGCCGGGGCAAUGGCGGGAGCCGUGUCGCGAACGGGAACUGCUCCUCUCGACCGUCUUAAAGUUUUCCUUCAGGUCCAUGGCUCCAGUGGUGUGAGUUUGUUUGGUGGCUUGCGUGGAAUGGUGCAGGAAGGAGGACUGCGGUCCCUUUGGAGAGGCAACGGCAUCAAUGUUCUCAAAAUUGCGCCGGAGUCAGCUAUUAAAUUCAUGGCUUACGAGCAGAUCAAAUGGCUGAUCAGAGGCAGUAAGGAGGGUGGCUCCCUGAGAGUUCAGGAACGCUUCAUCGCUGGAUCACUGGCAGGAGCUACAGCUCAGACUAUCAUCUACCCCAUGGAGGUGUUGAAGACACGUCUGACCCUGCGAAAGACAGGACAAUAUUCUGGCAUGGCAGACUGUGCCAAACAGAUACUGCGUAAAGAAGGAGUACGUGCGUUCUACAAAGGCUAUGUGCCCAACACACUUGGCAUCAUUCCUUAUGCUGGCAUUGAUCUGGCUGUAUAUGAGACUCUAAAGAACGCUUGGCUUCAGCGGUACUGCAUGGGCUCAGCUGAUCCUGGCGUUCUGGUGCUUCUUGGAUGUGGCACUGUGUCCAGCACAUGUGGGCAGCUGGCUAGUUACCCGCUGGCUUUAAUCCGCACACGCAUGCAGGCUCAGGCCUCAGCAGAUGGCGCUCCCCAGCUGUCAAUGGUUGGCCAGUUCAAGCACAUUGUGUCACACGAAGGCGUUCCUGGACUUUACCGUGGCAUUGCCCCCAAUUUCCUCAAAGUCAUUCCUGCUGUUAGCAUCUCUUACGUGGUUUAUGAGCAUAUGAAGAAAGCACUGGGAGUGGGAUCUUAAACUAAGACCAAAUUUUUGAAAAAAAGACCAGAUUGAAAAAAAAGAGAGAACCCGUAUUAAAAAAAAGAGGACGCUGAAACUUCCGAACCUGGUAAAAAGAGCCUUAGGGAGGCGCAGAGGACCCCUAGAGAACAGAAUAAGGAAGACAUAGUCAAUGAAUGACCUAAAAAAACUCUACAUUGUACGCAAUCACAUUCCCAUGGCAAUUUAUACUUUAAUAGGAUGGAAAGAGCGUUUUGAGCUGAGCUUGUGUUCAGAGUGGUUCUCUGUCACUGGCAGCUUGGAGAUCUCAGGUUUAUUGUGUUACAUAUCUCCAUAACACCAUUUAAUAGUAAUUCAUUUUACAAGGUGAUAAAUGUGGGGUAGUUGUGCAAAGAAAGAUACCUAAAGACAGGAAGUGAUGGGGAUAUAUUGGGUCUAUUGCAGUAAUUGUAGGAGGAUUAACAAAGUUAUUUUUUUUAAUGACUACCAAAGUUUCCCUCCUAAAAUUGACCAAAAUGUUGAAGAAUGUGCAUUAAUGUACAGAUGGAAAUGGAAUAUUUUAAUUAGCCUGUUCUGACUGAUGUUUCAUAAGAUUCCCGAAUGAUUUAUAAAGCAUGUUUCAGCAGGGAUUUACAUCGUUGUACAGCUCAUAUAUUUUUGUAAAGGUCAGAGAGAGGUAAGCAUGUAUUUGCUACACUUUAAUGAUCAAAGGAUUUGCACACUUUAAAUGAUUGUUGAAUUAUAUUGAAUUAUAACUCGUGAUGCUCUUUUAUGACAUCUCUGCUGCUUUGCUACCUUUUUACAAUUUUAGCCUUUCCUGAUAUUUCAGGUUUCAUUGUUAGAGGAAUAGUUCACCCAAAAAUAAAAAAAAAUCUGUCAUGAGUUUCUUUGUUCUGAUCAACACAAAGGAAGAUGUUUUGAAAAAAGUUUGUAACCAGGCUGUUUUGGG